AUGGCCGUGGUUCUCCACAAUCCGCCGGUCAUGGCGAGAUGGACCUUUGCCCGAGAAGAUACUGAACCACUUCUGCCAGGGCAAAUCGUGCAACCUCCGCUCCCAGAAGGUCCCCGAGUGCCCCUGGCCAUGAUCCAGCAGCCACAGAACCUGAGUCCAACAUUUCACUUCACGUCGUGCAUGCGUGUUCAUAGCUUUGCAGCAAUGGCACGGCGCAGAGUUCAGCCAUUGUUGAUCCUUUCUGGCUUGGUGGUUGCAGCGGUAUGCAGGCUGCAGAGAUCGCUCGCGGCCGUAUCGGCUGUGCCGAGCCCUUCGUGGCCCGUCAGGAGAAGAUGGUUUUUCAAUGCGGCAGCUUCCGCUGGAGUUGCGGAAAACUUGCCUGCCUAUGCACAAGGCAUUGACCUGGGAUUCUUGGAUCCGCAAGCUCCCAAAGAUGUCGCUGUGGCGCCCAGCGAUGCAGAAGUCACUUCGAGUGGCUUGAAGUCCAAGCUCCUGCUGCGGCCGACCUGUGCCCUCUCAAAGUCGAUUCCGCUCACGAACCCCUCCUGUGAGCGCCCGCAGCCGUGGGACAAGGUCUUGAUCGACUACACGGGAUGGACGCCGGCUGGCAAGAUGAUCGACAGCAGCAGGAACGAGAAGCGCUUGGUUCGCGUGAACUCGGUCAUGCCAGGAUGGACCGAAGGACUCCAAAUGAUGGCACCUGGGGAGUCUCGCCGAUUCUGGAUCCCACCAGAACUGGCCUUUGGCAAAAACGAGUCUGCGACCAGCAAACCGACUGGCCCCCUGGUCUUCGAUGUUGAGCUGUAUUCCAUCGAGAGGCAGCCAAAGCCACCUGCAGAGCUGACCGCUGUGCCACAGGAUGCAGUCUCCACCCCGAGCGGCCUCGCGUACAAGAAGCUCAAGCCAGGAGCCGGAAACAGGAGUCCAGGGCUUGAUUCGAACGUGACCGCCUUGUACAAUGGCUGGUCCUCAAAUGGAGACCUGGUGCUUUCGACAUCUUUCGGGGCCCAGGACACAUUCUUCAUCAACGAGGUUCCCGUUGAAGGCUUGAAGGAGGCCUUGCAGCUCCUGGUCGAAGGCGAAACACGCCGUUUCUGGAUCCCAGGGAAGUUGGCUUUUGGUGAAAGGGCGGAGGAAAGUCGUGGCCUUCCUCCAGGGGUCCUUGUAUUCGAUGUACUGCUGCUGGAACCCAUCGAUGUGCCGGCACGCAUGAAGUUGCAAGCUUGCUGGACGCCUCAGCAACCGCCUUCGCUUUCACUCCCAGUGGCGAAGAGAGAAGUCAUACAACCACAAGCUCCGGAGGUUGCCCAGAAAGUGCUUUGGGAGAGACCUGCCAAGCCAGCUGGAUGGUCGGCCAUUUGGGAGGUUCUGCCCCCGCCACCACCACCGCCUUUGGACGAAGACGGGGUGUGGAUUUGGGUGCCGGAGGGUGAGGAGAUUCCCGUCGGCGCCAUCGUCCCGCAUGAGGCCUUCCUACCACACGCAGACGUGGAAGAUGAGGACUUGGAUCUAGAUGACAUGGAGGCCCACGGUUCGGCUCAGUUUGGGCUGGAUGAGUUGGAGCAGAAACUUGAUCAGACGACGAACGCAGGCUUUUCGGUCCCAUCAACCUUCCAGGCCUGGCAGCCAUUCCCAGCAGACGCUACUGUGGACGAUGACGCCCCAUCGACGGCUUGGCAUCCCGUCGAUUCACACGUGGGCGUGCCACAAGAUCAUCAGGUCCCACAGCUGCCUGGUUCGCAGAUGCCUGCCGGCGUUACGGUUCAGAGUAGCCAGCAGGCCUGGCAGCCCUUUUCUUCGCAGACGGGCGUGCCUGCAGAAUGCGGCAGCAUACAGGUCCCACAGUUGCCUGCUUCGCAGAUCUCUGCCGGGCCUGCGUUGCAGAGCAGCCAGCAGGCCUGGCAGCCGUUUUCUUCGCAGACCGGCCUGGCCGCUGAAUGCGGCAGUCAACAGGUCCAGCAGUUGCCCGCUUCGCAGUUGUCUGCCCGUCCGGCAUUGCAGAGCAGCCAGCAGGUCCAGCAGUUGCCUGCUUCGCAGAUCUCUGCCGGACCUGCGUUGCAGAGCAGCCAGCAGGCCUGGCAGCCGUUUUCUUCGCAGACCGGCCUGGCCGCUGAAUGCGGCAGUCAACAGGUCCAGCAGUUGCCCGCUUCGCAGUUGUCUGCCCGUCCGGCAUUGCAGAGCAGCCAGCAGGUCCAGCAGUUGCCUGCUUCGCAGAUCUCUGCCGGGCCUGCGUUGCAGAGCAGCCAGCAGGCCUGGCAGCCGUUUUCUUCGCAGACCGGCCUGGCCGCUGAAUGCGGCAGUCAACAGGUCCAGCAGUUGCCCGCUUCGCAGUUGUCUGCCCGUCCGGCAUUGCAGAGCAGCCAGCAGGUCCAGCAGUUGCCUGCUUCGCAGAUCUCUGCCGGGCCUGCGUUGCAGAGCAGCCAGCAGGUAGCCCCGAGCUCCGCGCAGCAGACUCCGCGAGGGCAGGGCUGGAACCCAUGGGCAACAAAUCUCGGCGCGAACGAAGCUGCGUUCUGGGGCAGCGUUUCAGGGAAUGACAUGCACAGGCGGAUCAUCGGCGAUAUCGGAGCCUUUGACUCUGGCGAUUUUAGGUCCUCACCUGCAAUGAACAGUCGGCCGAGCAUGCCACCAUCCCCAGCGCAGUCCGGGCGUGCUUGGACCUCUGGCUGCGGCGUUCUGCAAGCAAACCACCAGGAGAUGCAAAGCUUGGAAGGGACUGCAUUUUGGCAGCUUCCGCCAACUGCUACGAAGUCUGGUGCCUUUCCGAGCGGACCCCUCGCUCAGCCGCAGUCCCAGAAUCAGGUUCGAAGCACUCACGAGAUGCGAAGUGCUACAGUUGCACCUGCAAGCCAAGGCUCAAUCGCAAUGGGCAGCAGACCUUCCCUGCCUUCAAACGAAUCAGCCGGACGAACAUUGCUGACAUCCACCAGUGAAGGGCUCGAAGUGACAUAUGCCAUCGCCAACCCCCCAGGCCACGUGCCUCUUAGCACGCCGAAUAUGAGUCACCUUCCUUCGUACUGUGCUGGCUCUGUUGGAAACAAUCAGAGGUCCACCGGCUGCUUUGCCACACCCUGGCCGGUGCCAUGCACUGCUCCAGGUCAGCUCCGAGGUGCAAAUCCUGGUGGGGUGCAGCUGCUGGACGUGACUGGCCUUUACCAGGAGCCCAACCUUUCACAGCCCGGUGCACUUCACGGGCGUGAUGUGCUGGGCCCGAUGCGCCCUGACGAGAGCUACCAUUCCAGAGCUGCAUGGGGCUCAGCGCAUGCCGGCUUUCAGAAGUGUGGGAGCUCUGCGCGUAGUAUUUGGGAUCUAGCAAGCGGCGCCGAAGGCAAGCAAUCAUAG